AUGAGCAGCACCGCUAUGAACAUACCAAUCAUAAAAUACGAUAUCCACGAUGUUUUUCUGGCACUGAGUGUUCUGAGGAGGCUACCAGAAUAUACGAAAAGGUUGCAAAGAAGCUCCUCAGAGGUAUCAUAUCGAAUCAUUUACAGCUCGAUUUGCGCUGCCCGCUGGUACUACCGCUGCUACUCCCGGUACGGAGAAUUUGUUCGUUUACUCAACAAAUACACUGAAUGUAUUACUUUGAAUUUACCUAACACCGCACUCCAAGUCGCGGAACAAAUUGCAGCGCACGCUUCCCAAAUUCGGAUUCCGCAGCACCAGCAGCGGCUUCCGCUUCCCAUUCUUGUCUCUAUCCUUCUUGCGGCGAUAUGCUGCGUCGCGACGGUGGUUCUCAUUGGCGUUGGAGAAACUUGCUGUGGCAAAGCCGAUAUUGCCGCACUGAUACUUAGCUGUGUCAGCGUCUUGUGCUUAUGUGCACUGCUUUCACUCAUUUACGCAUCCUUAAAGUGGCACGAAUGCAGAGGGCAGGAACAGCUUGUUGACCGGAUAGUGCGAACGGCCUACGAGAGCAUCGGAAAACAGAACUUUUGCAGCAACCCGCUGUCGGACAGAAUUGAUCUCACAGAGCGAAUGGCCGUCGAGGAGACAGAUGAGUUUCUUCUAGACUCGGGAACCGCACAUCGUAACCAGCGGGCUAUUGCGAUGCUCUUAAAAAAGGCCACCGAAGAUGAGUGGAAUGCUGCCUUACAGAACAGAGGACUUCCUCAUUCUAUGAUUGGGCUUAACGCCAUCUAUCAGCAUACAAUUAUUAUCAUGACGGACUUUGAUGGACAGGUAGUACUGUGGAGCGAUGGCGCGGCUACCUGUUUUGGAUUCAGUGCACGAGACGUUGAGGGAAACAACAUAAAUUCUCUUCUCUAUGGCGAACGGUCGGUAGAGCUCUACGCCACAAUGACUGAAGCUGCUAUGAAAAACUCGCGCCUCUCUGAAAAGGUUCUCACAAUGGCACAUAUGAGUUUGGGGACUGUCUCUAUCAGCGCAACGGUGGUCCUGAGCUGUGAGACCGAGUCGAAUCAGCCCGUCGGGUUUACUCUUAUCGGGUCUGUCCGCUCCGAUGAAUUGUCGCAGACGCAAGCAGUGCUGCACUCCUUCUUUGUGACAGAAUUGUCACAACUGUCUGUCAAGGACAGUCAAUUUCGUCAAAUUGUCUACUGCCUGCAAUGGAAAAACCUGCGCGAUUUCUCCGCGCUGACGAGGGGCUGGAGAAGCGCGCACAUUCGGCAGCUGCUGUCCGAGGUCAUCAAAGGUCGGCAGCGCUACGUGAGCUUCGAAGUCGAUCCAAAGGUAACCGAGUUGCCGCCUAUUCUCUGCGACACGGUUGGCGUCACUGCUGUGCUGAAUCGAUCCUUCGAGCUGUUCUGCGAGAAAAUCAGCGUUCGCGUUGAGCAAAAGCGCACGACCAGUGCGGUAUACCAGCUCGUUGUAAUUUACCGUCAUGAGAUGCCCGGGCUCAACCGAAAUACCUUGAUUGGCAUCACCCGCUCUGCAAAUGACCUUGGCGGUAUUGUAAUUGAUUCCCCCGGUACGCUGAAGCUGUUGCUGCCCUUCAUGAUGAAGGAUGAGGUAAUUCAAGUCUUGCGGCCUCAAGAUGCUGCUGCACAAAAGUCCAAUGGCCAUGACCCACUCAUUGUGCUGCUCUUGGAGAAGAAUGGCGUGCACUGUCACAAUAUAUCAGCAUCCAUCUGGAACUGCGGUCAUUCUGUGCGGUUGGUUGAGAGUGUUUGCAAAGCGUUGCAGGCCAUCGAAGAAUCGACCGACCUCGGCUGCGCUAUCGUCGACAUCGACUCGAAAGGUUCUGACCGUGUGGUCGAGGCGCUGCUGGCGAAGCACAUCUACAUAAUCGAAACCUCCGAGGCGCUAGACAGCGUUGCAAAAUGUGGUGACGCCCUUCUGAAAAAGCCGAUUUCGAAUGAGGCGCUUCGUAAGGAGCUAGACAGAGCCAUCAAUAGGUGUGAGGAGGCGAAGCGGGCCGGCGAGGAGCUGCUGAAGCGGAGAGAAGUGUUUGGAAAGGUGCGAAAGAGCCCAUGGACACAAGGCCGUCUGCUCGGGCGCGGCGGGCAUGCUGCUGUGUACGAGGCGACUUCUACCCUGACGGGUGGCAAAAUGGCCGUCAAGAUCAUUCGCGUCUCCGGCAACUUUGAAGAGCGUAUCGAUGAGUUUAUGAAUGAAAUUGAGAUUCUGUGUCAGUUGACACACCCCAACAUCAUUCACUACUUUUACUGCGAGCGGACCGAGACAACCCUCAACCUCUUCAUGGCGCUGGCUGACCAAGGUACGGUAGCCGAUCUCCUCAAGCGCUGCCCACGGCUGCGCGAGAACCACAUCGCGACCAUCAUGAAACAACUUCUGCAGGCGGUCAACUACUUGCACGAAUGUGGCAUUAUCCAUCGCGACGUUAAGCCAGGCAACAUGCUCAUUUCGCAAGGACAACUGAAGCUGUCUGACUUCGGUACGGCCACUACGAACGUUCGAGAGGGCACUGUUGGCACCAUAAAGUACAUGGCCCCAGAGGUCGUUGACGGGAAGUCGAGUGGUAAGGAAAGUGACAUUUGGUCUAUCGGCUGCGUCGUCUGCGAGUGUUUGCAGAUCAAGCGCUCUGGUUGGGGCUUGCUUGGCUACGGUGCGCCAGAAGAGUACCCCAGUGAUAUAUCUGCUCAGGCGAUCGACUUUAUCAAGGCUUGCAUGCAGAGAAAUCCGUCAGAGCGCGCAACCGCUGGCACGCUGCUGCUGCACGAUUUCAUUGUACACCUCGACCACGAGGUGUUGCAGCUAGCUGAAGUACCAGCUGAGACAGUGCCAAACGAAGAGGAGGCAAAGCCACCUAAAUCCGGCAGAAGUUCCAGUGACUCCACCAUCAUCAGCUGGUCCUUCGACUAG